CGUAAACGAACUUGUAGAAGACGUCCGAGACGCGCUCAUAAACCGAGAAUCCAACAGAUUCAGCGACCUUCCUUCCACUGUCUCCGGCGAGAUCUCACUCUGAUCCUUCACGGUGGCGUCAACGUCAGGGCAACAGCAAGCUCUCUCAAGAAGGAAGCCUCCCCCCUCAUCAUCUCCUCCUCCUUCCUCCGAUUCGCCUCUACGAACUCCCUCGGCGAGGAAAGCGAUCCCCGAAUUUCCCUUUUAUCAGCAGAACUGGUUCAUCGCUCUCCUCUUCCUGAUGGCUCUGGGAUUCUUCUGCCUCGCUCUCUUCCUUUACCUGAGCCUUGAUCCCGAUUCCGGCUACACCCCUGCUUCUGCCGCACCUUCCGGUAAAGAAGGUGUCGAGAUAACUUAUGGGAGCGCGAUUAAGCUGAUGCACGAGAAGACUAAGUUCCGUCUGCAUUCACACGAUGUGCCUUACGGAUCCGGAAGUGGUCAGCAGUCUGUUACUGGCUUCCCUGGCGUCACUGAUUCCAACAGCUACUGGAUUGUUAAACCUGUGCCUGGGAAGACAUUCAAGCAAGGUGAUGCUAUCAAGAAUGGAGCAACUAUCAGAUUGCAGCACAUGAAGACCCGAAAAUGGCUCCACAGUCACUUGCAUGCAUCCCCUAUUUCAGGCAACUUAGAGGUUAGCUGCUUUGGAGAUGAUUCAAAUUCCGAUACUGGAGAUCACUGGAAGCUUACAAUCGAAGGUAGUGGAAAGAUAUGGAAACAAGACCAAAGAGUCAGGCUUCAACACAUUGACACUAGUGGCUACCUCCAUAGCCACGACAAGAAGUACCAACGCAUAGCCGGUGGUCAGCAAGAGGUCUGUGGAAUCCGGGAGAAGCGGGCUGAUAAUGUUUGGUUGGCAGCAGAAGGAGUCUACCUUCCCGUUAAUGAGAGUAGCAAGUAAGGUGAAGGAGUUGUGUUAACUUCUCUGGACGACUUUGAAUCUCAUCUUUUACUCUCUAAACUCAAAAACAAAAAAGUAGAAAUAUAUAUAUGUAUGUUGCUAAUCUGCGAUUGAUGAUGAUCUCUAGUCGCACGAAUUUACAUAUUAUUUUGGUAGGUAUUUCGCAUUGAUCUUUUUUUUCCUUAUUUAAGAGUUUAAUUAUUAUGUGUUUGUGA